GUCUUAGUGUGCUUAGUUAGUGAGACACGUCUAAAUAAAAUUUAAGACUCGCUUAUCUACAUACUUAUCCAAUGGGUUAUUUGACAUUGUACACUCUAAAGUUAACCAGUCGCCUGGCUGGAAUCGUGAUAUAAUAACGUCUCAAAUAUUUGUCUCUGAAAAAAUAAGUAAAUUAGUGAGUAAAUUUUAAUUCCAAAAAGUGUAAAAAUUGCAUAUAUCGAGUAAAUUUACACAGGCCUAAAUUGGGCAAAAUGGGAGCGAUUGAUAUCCUAGGGUUCUGGAUCCUGAUAAAAAUUUGGACCAUCAUUCAAGACUUUAUUUUACGUAUAUUUUGCCCUUCUUUGAUUCCCAACACGGAUAAGAAUGGUGUCAAGAUUAAGCCCACGUGGGAAAUCCCUGGCCCCACGAUUUGGCUCCCCCUGUUGGGAGAUGCUCUCACACUGAACAAAUUUGGAGGCCCAGAAAAGUUUCUGGACUACGUUUCCAGCUUACAUGCAAAAUAUGGACCGAUUGUCAAAACGAAACUUGGUCCGCAAAAGUUCAUAUUUGUAAAUCAUCCCGCAUUAUACGAGGAAAUUGUGAGGUCUGAACCAAAAUGUCCUGUCAGCUUUAAACUUCCUUCAGCUGAAGCCUUUUAUGAGAAACACAAAAUCAAACGGGGAUUAUUCUUCAGAGAUGGCGAAGAGUGGCGGGAAGGUCGAACCUUGUUAACGCAACUGCUCCUUAAGGAUACGGGCCGAUAUAUGGAAACUUUAUUCGACUCGGUCGAACCGGUAUUACAGCGGUUAAUGGAUAACUGGACGUUCAAAUCGGGGAAAUCUAAGGACGGACAUAUCCAAAAUAUUGAGCAGGAUUGCUACGAGUUUUUCCUUUCUGCCAUAAUGACGGUGACAUAUGGCCAACAUUUCGAGACGUACUUGUCCCAGGCCGGCUCCAGCGUGACAACUUUGGCGAUAGAAGCUAUCAAAUUGAACCAGUCCACGUUUGACCUUAACGCCCAUCCGAUUCAAAUGGCUACCGGAUUAGGGUUAAAAUGCUGGAAAGAGUAUGAGGCAUACACUCUCAACAAUUUAACAAUAGGUCGAAAAUGUGCCGAUAUUGCGUUAGAAACGAUGGCCGCGACGGGAGGGUCGCUUGAAGAAUUUGGUCUUUUAUAUCGACUGAAGAACGUUUGCAACGCAUCUGACGAAGACAUUCGAGUCCAUUGCACCGAUUUUACGGUGGACAUUAGCGACCCGGUCAGCUUAACCUUACUUUGGACAUUGUACGCCUUGGGUAGAAAUUUGGACGUACAAGAGAAAAUUCUGCAGGAAAUUGAACAUGUUUGCGGAACCGGGGAAAAUGUGGGGUACAACGACUUCCAAAAAUUACCAUAUCUCAACUCCACCUUUAAAGAAGUCAUGCGCAUGUUUUCAACGGCACAGCUAGUUAUUCGAAAAAAUGCUAAGGACGUGGUCCUUGGAGGUUACAACGUUACAUCGGACUAUAUUGUUGCAUUAUCGACAUUUUCUUCCCACAAAAAUCCGGCACUCUUUACGAAUCCUGAACAAUUUUGGCCAGAGCGAUGGUUAGGAGAGGAGCGGGACGUCGACACGGGGGCCAUGAAAAGAUCGGAAAAUGCCUAUUUUCCCUUCGGAAUUGGGAAAAGAGCCUGUGCUGGAAAACACUUGGUGCAAAACUUAACAAAACUUUUCGUAGCCAAGAUCGUGCAGAAUUUCGUGGUUGAGAGUGACGAGGUUCAGACAAAGCUCAAAAUAAUGCUGUAUCCCGAUGGCGACAUGAAUAUUAGGCUUAAACCCCGUUAAAAUUAAAUAUUGCAUUUGCUGCUCUUGGAAAAUUUCCGAUUCCCUUGACCUUUCCAUACAGAUUGGAUUAUCUACAAAUGUGUGUAAACAGCUAAUAUUUUAAAUAAAUAAUGCUAUUAUAGAUAAGUUGUCAUUCGUUCGGUUCAAAAGUGAAUAAACUAAGCGGCAACGAAUUUAUUUGCAAC